AUGAAGAUUAAAUAUGCGGGCUUACCCCCAUUUAUCAACGCCAGGGAGCUCAAUCAUCACUCUUGCUUUGUAUUAUUAAAGAAAUAUCAAUGCUUGUGGACUUUGAAUUGUUUACAUUUGUUUCCAGAACAACAGCUCCAGCUAAUGAACUCCAUCAAUACCAUGGUGAAGAAUGGCCAAUUCACGAGUCAGCUGGCGAAUGUGAUUUUUACGCUCUGCGCUCAACUAAAAACCUCCGGCAUCAAUUUGGAACAAACACAUCGAAAUGAAUUGAACAAAGUGUUCGUGUCGCUACGACAAGCCUGUUGCCGUGACAAUGGGCAACUGGGAACGCCAUGCAGACUGAAAAUCAUGGAGCUUGUCGAACUACGUGCAAUGCACUGGCGGAGCAAUCUGGCACAUAGUCAGUACUACCUUAAACGUCCUGAACAGCCGACAAACGCCGGUUUUUAUCUGAUUCCUGCAUCGGGCGGUUGGAUGCCACCAAUUAUUCCCGGAAUACCACCAAAUCCAUUCAUACCGCAGCCAUUGAUGACACCUGAAGCUGUACUGAUGCGUCAACGAAGCCUUACUAAAAAGCUAAAUCAGGCAAAAUCACUGCAGCUCCGUCAUGAAAUGAUUAUUCGAAAUAGCGAUUCGGGAAAGAUUAUGGGUGUGAAAGGACGACGUGUGGCUCUUGUGGAACAAAUGACCAACACCGUAAUCAGCUUCCAGAAGGUGGAUCCGAAGAGCAAGGAGAGGACCUUGACAAUCACAGCUUCGUCGAUGGAGGACAUCGAAAGAGCCAAGGACCUCAUCAUCGAUACUAUUAAAAGGAAUAUGAGCCCGAUUAGAGUAGGCCAUUCAAAUUACCCAGCCCGAGAACCAGAAGAUGACCUAAAGUCCCACGUCCGUUCAAAACAAUGUCAUGACUUCUUGCAGGCCGAUGCAAAUACACGCGAUUCACCACACGAUGCUGAAGAAGACGAAAACGAUAAUGACAUCUCCAUCGAAACCACCCAAGAUGGUAUGCUUAAACUCUGCUGCUCAGACCCGCAAGUGCUCCAGGCGGCGCAAGAGGCGCUUUCUCAAUACCUCCGAACUCGUACCAGACCAUCAGCUGCGGAUCGUGAACAACGUAAGGAACGUCGGAAGAGUAUGCCGCUUCAGGCCAGCCAACCUGAUGCACCAGCUAAGGUCAGCAGAAGCCUUUUGUUACCCCCAGUCUACUGA